UGGCCACGCUAGGCCGCCGCUGAGGGAGAUUCAUUGCCUGACGGCAGCGGAGAGGACGGCAUUGGCAGCGCCUGUUACUGCAAUCCUCUUUCGUUGUCAGAUAUUGAGGACGGUGGGGAGAAUGAAAAAGCAGAUCCGCGCGAGGAGGAGGAAGAUCACGCAGUGCACAUCACUGGAAGGCCCUCGGCUGGACACCGCCGCCAUCGAUGCCGUCGUUCACGUGUGCUGCCCCUUGGGUUGCGGAGCUCUUCCCAGAGCAAAGCCGAGGUGGUGGAUGAAAAGGAGGACGGGUGGGGCGUGGGGGGAUCUGCGGCAAUGCGACGACGCAACGGAGGACUACUUUCGGGACAAGUUGCACAUGUCGCCACAUGUCUUCCGGGAGAUUGCGGAAGCUCUCUCGCCGUUGCCACAGCGGCGUGUGACAUUCUACAGGGAGUCGCUGCAGCCAGAUCAGAUCGUCGCGUACGUGUUGUACAGGUGGGCGUUGGGGGAGACGUACGCGAGCAGCACUUGUAACUUUGGCAUCGGCAGAGCGUCAGGUUCUGUGGCGGUGAGCGACGGCACUGCGGCGUUGCUGACGGUCCACUGUGACAAGACAUCGUGGCCGGUGGGGGUGCGCAAGUCGGUCGUCCUCCGUGCUUUCGCUGGCAAGCGGUUCCCCAACUGUCGUGGCUGCAUCGACUGCACGCAUAUCUACAUCGGCAAGCGGGCAAACGCCCUUGGCGAGGACUACUACGAUCGAAAACAACGUUUCUCGAUCAUCGCUCAGGUCGUCGUCGAUCUGGACUUGCGUGUGCUGGACGUCUUCGUCGGCUAUCCUGGGAGUUGCCACGACGUCAGGAUCAUUCACCUGACAGUGUCUAGUCUAUGGGCACGUGCAGAGGCUGGCGAACUUUUCACGGGACCGUCUGUGAUGCUGCCAUUCGGCGUCCAGACGAACGGCUACCUGCUGGGCGACAAUGGUUACCCACAGUCGGAAGGGAUAGUCAUUCCUUUUGGCACCACUACUCGUCACCAGUUAGAGACGCAGUUUGACAAUAAGCAGAAGAUCGUGAGGGGGGCAGUUGAGAGGGCUUUCGACAGACUAAAGGGGAUGUGGAGGCUGUUUCUGCAGUCGCACGAGAUGAACAUGGAGACAUUGCCGCAGCAGUUUGUGGUUGUGUGCAUUCUCCACAACCUGCUCAUCGAUGCCGGCAUCCUGUUUGAUGACAAUCUGUUGUGCAAGGUGGAUGUGAACGGAGUGCGCCGUCUUCAUGGUCGCUCUGCUGCUUGUUCGCUUGCCCUCUCGUCCCUUGCAUUGUGGUUGUCUUGGUAGUGUUGCCUGGUGCUUCACUGCUUGGGUGCCCUGCUGCGAGUUCGGUGUGCCGUGUCAUCGCUCAUUCUGACUUUGUCACCAAUCACCUCUAUAUACCACUGGUCAAACGCUCCUUCGUCAACUUCCAGACCUCAAUCUCCCCAAGCUAUCUCACGCUGCCUUCAGAUAAGCCGCCACCACCGCUAGGUACAAUUGCCUAGAUGGUUAUGACCUUAGAUAAUAGGAUGAUGAAAGUGACCGCAAACAAACUUUAAGCACGCUAUCGCAUGCAAAGCAAGCAGUAAACAGCACAAGGACAA